CGGUUGCUUCACACUCGAAGUUGUAGUAAGACAGUCUCGGCUCACAUUUGGUGGAGAAUCAAGUCAGGUAGAUGGUAUGUCAUCAGAAGCUGCGGGUCUGGGAAGCUUCCAACCUGCAGAGAAGCAGGGAGCUGCAGUUCACCCAAGGAGCAGCUGCCAUCCGAGCCAGCUCGUGUAUGUCUACGACCUCCCCCCUCAAUUCAACAAUGGUCUCAUCGACAGCAACGAAUGCGCUGAGAGAUGGUACUGGGCGCACCCCCGCAAUGCGUGUAUUGCUUACUCAUCGGAGCAUUGGGGCAUUGGCCCGCCUCUCCGGGACGAGAAGUUUUCUGCUCUGGGAAGCGAUCCCAGGCUCUGGGCUGACACAGGCCAGCACGCGCUUGAGCUUAUAUACCACCAUUACAUGAUGAACCUGUACCCCUGCCGAACGACCAACCCACAAUCCGCUGCUGCGUUCUACGUGCCGCUUUAUGCAGGCAUCCAGUUUCAUAUCCACACCUCAAAGGAGUGUCCCGAGACGGAAAACUGCCCCCAACCCCCAACACUGCUUCGAUUAGGCUGGGAGUUCGACGAAUGGCUCAGGCGACUGCCGUACGUAGAAAGGAACGGGGGCCGGGACCACUUUCUCGCAAUGGGCUUCGUGACGAAUUUUGGCGUUCUCGACUCGACCUGCUGCAGCUCAGGCCUACUCAACACGCCUGUGACCAAAGACAUGACCAUCAUUGGCAUUGAGCCCAUCGUCAACCAUCUAGAUCGUCAAGUGAACGUUCCCUACCCGACCGCCUUUCACCCGGUCUCUCUCGCCGACCACAAUACUCACCAAGCUCUUAUACAAGCCUCCCACCGUCCGAUCCUGGUGAGCUUCGCCGGAUCGUUGGAUCGGACAUGGGGCCUCGACAGCGGCCGCCAGCUGCGCGCCGCUCUCAAGGAGCAAUGCGACGCGCGCGCUAAAUUGUGUAAGCUAUUGGACUGCAACAAGGAGUGCACCAUAGCCGAUCAAUUCGAGCUGUAUAUGAGCUCCACGUUCUGCCUGCAACCCCCGGGGGACUCCCCAACGCGCCGCGGUAUCUUCGACGCUCUACAGGCCGGGUGCAUUCCCGUUAUAUUCUCUUACGAGAGCGUGCCGUACCCGGAGUUCCUACCGGCUGACGUCAAACAAUAUGCUGUGUUCAUCCCAAAGGAUGACGUAAUUGACCUAGGUAGUGACGUAAUCGAGUUGUUAGAAAGACUUCCGGUAGCUGAGAUCCUAGCGAAACGCCAGUUCAUUGCUAGACUGCUGCCGCGGCUCGUUUACAGGAACGUUAAUCGCACGCUGCACGCAGUAGAAACGACUACAGGAGGUAACGGGAAUCGAAGAGUUCUGCUUGGAUGGGAGAGCGCAUACGAGGUAGCUAUUGAAGCUGCGUUGCGGAAGAUACGGGAUAGAUUACAAUGAAACGAAGCGGCCAUUGAAGCCGGACUGAGAUCGGAGGGAAGAUUCAUUCAAAUUUCUGGGGCUGCUUUCACCUCGUUUUGAGUGCGAGUAUUAGUAGGCUGCGGAACAACAAGUACCCUGUGCAUGUGCCCUUUGCGAUUGACGGUGACACGAAGUCGAGAUGUGCA